AUGGUGUCAGGGAAGCCUGCCCUCAACCAAUCCGGAUCCCCUGAGUUCGUGUUCCGUGUGUUCACCACCGUCCCCGAAUUCCAGGUGCUCCUCUUCCUCCUCUUCCUCCUCCUCUACUUGAUGAUCCUCUCUGGCAACACUGCCAUCAUCUGGGUGGUGUGUACACACAGCUCACUGCGCACGCCCAUGUAUUUCUUCCUGUGCAAUCUGUCCUUCAUGGAGAUCUGCUACACCACGGACGUUGUACCCUUGAUGCUCUCCAACAUCUUUGGGGCCCAGAACCCCAUUCCACUGGCUGGCUGUGGGACACAAAUGUUCUUUUUCGUCACUCUAGGAAGCACUGACUGUUUUCUCUUGGCAAUCAUGGCCUAUGAUCGGUAUGUGGCCAUCUGCCACCCACUGCACUACAGCCUCAUCAUGACCCAGAAGCUGUGCGUCCAGAUGGUGCUGGGCUCUGUGAGCUGGGCCCUCUUCCUCUCCGUGCAACUCACUGCCUUAAUUUUCACGUUGCCUUUCUGUGGGCAUCACCGGGAAAUCAACCACUUCCUUUGUGAUGUGCCUCCAGUUCUGCGCCUGGCUUGUGCUGAUAUCCAUGUACACCAGGCAGUCCUCUACGUAGUGGGCAUCCUGGUGCUGACAGUGCCCUUCCUACUGAUCUGCAUCUCCUAUGUAUUCAUAGCGUCCACCAUCCUGCACAUACGCUCUGCUGAGGGCCGGCAGCGGGCCUUCUCCACCUGCUCCUCCCACCUCACCGUGGUCCUGCUGCAGUAUGGCUGCUGCAGCCUGGUGUACCUGAGGCCUCGCUCCAGCACGUCGGAGGACGAGGACCGCCAAAUCGCCCUGGUCUACACCUUUGUUACCCCAUUACUCAAUCCUUUAAUUUACACCCUAAGGAACAAUGAUGUCAAAGGUGCUCUGAAGAAUGCCAUGUUCCACAAAGCAGCCCCAGACACCACUUAA